AGUUCUUCAACCCCUAACAAAAAUAUGUUCCGUCUUCUCUUUAGACUUUGGACUUGCUGCUCAAUGGUCCCCACCUACCACCACCACUACGCCACCGCACACCUCCACCUUGGCCCUCCUUCCCUCCCCAAAAAUCUCGGGUCCACCGGGAAUCUACGUAUCCGGUUCGUAUUCUCCUAAUUUUGAUUUCGUGAUUUCUCUUUUUUGCUUCUAUCUCGGGUAAAGAUUCUGUCUUUCCUUUCGUAAACCACGAAUUUCAACCAAAGAAGGACGCUACGGAAGGUGGUAUUUGACUUUGCAUUGACAAAAAGGAUCGGUCUUUCAUUCUUGGGGCAAAGGUUUGAUUGCUUUUAAUGGAUUAAGAGAGGUCUUUGAUGAUGGGUCUUCAUGAAUUUUAAGGGUUCGUGAUUGUAUAGAAGUCACGAUUUGAGUUUCUACCGGUUUAUGGUUAAUGGUUUUGGGAAAAUUCGGUCUCUCGAGCUCUGUAAAUUAUCUAGGAUUAUUUCAGGAUUUCGUUUUUGAUUCCAAGCCUCCUUCUACCUCCAUCUCCUACAAGAAGAAGGAGAUCAAGAUUAAGCAGAAUCUGUUUGGGUUUAAAGUCUUUUAGGUUUUUGCAAGUAUUUGGAUCACUGGGAUUUCAGCUAUGGAGGAUGAAGCUAAUUCUUGGAUAAGAAGGACAAAGUUCUCUCACACAGUUUGCCAUCGACUGGAUUCUUCAAGAUUGCUUUCUCUCCCUUCUCUCGACAUCCGGUCAGAGACGAAAUCUGGCUUGAAAUCAAGACCUGGAGCCGGAGCAACUUCGUCCAGUCAGAAUCAACAACCACAAGAACAUCUACAUGUUCCCAGAAAUUUACAAGCUCGACGACAUCCUCUAACCAAUAAGCAGAGAUCUUUAUCUCCUAACCUGCAAACUUCUCUCUCUGAUGCGUUCAAGGAAGCAAGGUCUGAUCGGAAACGAUUCUCGACUCCACAUCCUAGUAGAAAAUAUUCAAAUGACAGAGGAAUUAUGAGCAAGAUUUUCCAUAAAGACGCCCAACAAUCAAAGUCAUCCAACUCAUUAAAGUCCUCAAAUACAAGUCCACUUAGGCACUUGGCUUCCCUGAAAGGACAUGACAAAUUGAAGAGCAAGAAGGAGUCUUCGUGGACGAAAUAUUUUGAUAAUGGUGGGGGCAGGGUUACUGCAGUGGAGACGGCAGAUGAAUGGACUGUUGAUUUGUCCAAGCUAUUUCUUGGGCUUAGGUUUGCUCAUGGAGCACAUAGCCGGCUUUAUCAUGGGAUGUAUAAUGAUGAUCCUGUUGCAGUUAAAAUUAUUCGGAUACCUGAUGAUGAUGACGAAAAUGGAACCUUGGCAACCCGACUGGAGAAUCAAUUCAUUAGAGAAGUCACUCUUCUAUCCCACCUUCAUCAUCAAAAUGUGAUAAAGUUUGUAGCGGCGUGCAGAAAGCCUCCAGUUUACUGUGUUAUCACAGAGUAUUUGUCGGAGGGUUCCUUGAGAGCGUACCUACACAAGCUUGAGCAUAAGUCAAUUCCCUUGGAGAAGUUAAUAGCUAUUGCUUUGGACAUUGCUCGAGGAAUGGAGUACAUUCACUCUCAAGGUGUCAUCCACCGGGACCUGAAACCUGAGAAUGUUCUCAUUGAUCAAGAGUUCCACCUAAAAAUUGCAGAUUUUGGUGUAGGUUGUGAGGCGGCACAUUGUUAUUCAUUGGCUGAAGACCCAGGGACCUAUCGAUGGAUGGCACCAGAGAUGAUAAAAAAGAAGGCCUAUGGUCAGAAGGUUGAUGUGUACAGUUUUGGACUUAUCUUAUGGGAAAUGGUGGCUGGAACUAUACCUUAUGAGGAUAUGAAUCCCAUCCAAGCUGCUUUUGCAGUUGUGAAUAAGAAUUUGAGACCUGUCAUUCCAGAAGAGUGUCCGCCUGCCUUGCGAGCGCUUAUUGAGGAAUGCUGGUCCUUGCAUCCAGAGAAGAGGCCUGCGUUCUGGCAGAUUGUGAAAGUACUUGAGCAAUUUGAGGUUUCACUUGCUCGUGAUGGAACCCUGAACUUGGUACAAAACCCAACUUGCCAAGAUCACAAGAAGGGUAUGCUUCAUUGGAUUCAAAAGCUUGGUCAUGGUCCCACACAUCCUAGUACUACACCCAUGCCAAAACCUAAAUUCACAUGAAUCUUUCUUGCGGCCUGUCUUUUGUUGCGGACCAAGUCCAAUGUAAUUAAAAAGGUUUGUUCCCUGCACCUAUCUAAUUUGUAUUAUACUAUGUCACAUUCACGUGAGAUGGAAUUAAUUGAUUGUCAAGGACGAGUGUCUCUAGUUUGCAAAUAUACAUAUGUCGAGUAUGGUCUCUGUUUUCAGGUAUUUUAUAAUCAUCGAGGGGAAGAUAUAGCAAUUUUUUGAAAGGAUAUGAAUUUGGUGUGGCUCUCCUUGUGAUA